AUGGAGAAGCUCAGAAACCGACUCCAGCGUGGCACCAUCUACGUUCGUCUUUUCGGCUGGGUCUACUGGAAGCUCGCCGUCCCGGUGCCACUCACGCGGACCGUUCAAGACAGGCGCGCCAGGCUUGCCGAAGAGAGGGUGCUGCGGACAAGCCAGCCCGUCCCGUACAAGUACCAGGCGCUCGGCAGGCCACGAGCCAUUCGUCUCCUCAAGAUCGACAAACUAGAACACGCGGGGAUCUGGCGGCCCGGCGUGAUCAGGUGCACCGUCCACGAGUUCCCCAUCGCCGGCGCGCCGCCGUUCAACGCGCUCUCCUACACGUGGAAAGAAGACGAGGUGAUUCUCGACACGGUCCGCGAUGCCCGCUACCUGAUCCACCCCUUUGUCCGCCUCUACGGUUCGAAGUGGUGGAAGGCGCUGGUCAACCGAUCCGAGGGCGCCCCGACCCGGCUGCCCUGGCUUGACGAGGCGGUCAGGCGUGUGACGACGGCGACGGUGCGGUCGCCACGCCAGACUCUGGACGGGCUUCCCCGUCGACUGAUCCUGUGCGACGGGCAGGCCAUGUUCGUGACGCAGAACCUGCACAACGCCCUGAGCACCGUCUCGCGCAAGAACCCGGGGUACUGGUGGAUCGACCAGCUGUGCAUCAACCAGGAGGACGCGCAGGAGAAGAGCGUGCAGGUGGCGCUGAUGGGCGAGCUGUACAAGACGGCGUCGACAGUGGCCAUCUGGCUCGGGGCGCGGACGUCGUUCGAGGCGCGCAUCGUGCCGGCGCUCGAGCUACUAGCCAACAUGCCCGACGACGACGUCGAGGCCAUCGCCGUGUCCAGCCUGUCGCUCUUCUACCGCGCGUUCCCCAAGCUGUUCGCGCUUUUCGGCUUCUUCUCGCGCGCCUGGUUCGACCGCCUGUGGAUUGUGCAGGAGUUCGCCGUCGCCCGCCACGCCGCGUUCCUGCUCGGCGACGUCGACAUCCCGCUCGCCCUGGCCACGCGCGCCCUGCGCCGCAUCGAGCAGGUCCUCUCGGCUUCCAGCCUCGGCACCUUCCUCAAUUCGGCCGACGUUCCCACCGAGAACCGUUCGGGGCUGCUCGACUCGCGCGACUACACGGCCACCCACGGGCCCUGGACGCUCGAGAAGUGGCUCGGCGUCGCGCGCGGCCGCAAGACCACCGACCCGCGCGACUACGUGUUCGGCGGCCUGUCACUGCUCGGGCGCGAGGCCGACCCGGCCGUGCCCGACGUCGAGAGCCAACCGGUUCUGGUCACGCGGAGCGAAUCGACGGCGCUCGGCGCCGACUAUGCGAAGCCGGUCGAGGCCGUCUACUUUGCGUUUGCCGUGGCGCUGUUCCAGAGUGACCUGGGCAUCAACGCGCUGUCGCUCGUGGGGACGCGCAAAGACGCCAAGCGGUACCCGACCUGGAUGGUCAACCUGCACGAGCCGCUGUCGCCGAAGCCGCUGCACCAGCUGCAGGUCCGGCAGCCGCGAAGCGUGCGCUCGCCGGGCCACCGCCCGACGGAGACGGAGAUGUACGUGGGCAGGGAGUGCGUGUUUGCCGACGCGGUGCACUUUGACGAGAUCGCCGCCGUCGGUGAGCCGCUCACCCACUGGCUCAGCAGCGGCGACGGCGGCGCCAGCCCCGACGCGCCGUUCCAUCUCGCCGAGACCUUCCGCCUCGCCCUCGAGCUCGGCCCGCGCUACCCGCCCACCGGCGAGCUGCUGCUGACGGCGCUGUGGCGGACCCUCAUCCUGGAAGACGAGUCCGCGUCGCCGAGUCUCGACGCGUCGUUUGCAGAUGCCGUGCGCUGGUAUUUCGACCUCUCGCGCGCGGGCAUCGCGAAGCAAGACGCGCGGACCGACUGGGCGAGCAAGCACGACGAGGACGCCUACUGCGAAGCGCGAUCCCUGCACGGGCAGCUCGGCGCGUCUCUCAUGUCGAUGCUGUCACGAGAGGAAUACGCGUCGACGGAAUUCGCCGGGCUUCGGCUACCCCCGGCCGUAAAUGCACCCACCAAAGGCAAGCCCGACGCGACGACAUCAGACAAGGGCCUCAACGACCCGGCGCUGUGGUACGGGUCGUGGCUGGCCUUUUUCGAGGCGUUCCACGAGGCCGCGCCGGGGCGCCGCCUGUUCGUCACGCGGCGCGGCUUCCUCGGCAUGGGCCCCGCGACGGCGCAAGCCGGGGAUGAUGUGCUGUUCCUGCGCGGCGCGUGGGCGCCCUACGUGUUCCGCUCCGUCGACCUCGCCGAGGUCCCCGGGUGGGAGCCGGGCUCCGAGCUCGCUAACCUCCCCCCGCCCCGGAUUCUUGUUGGGGAGGCCUUCGUGCAUGGUGUUAUGGGGCAGCUGCGCGCCGGCGACGCGGAGCUCGUGGCUGCCGCCGGCAAGGACGCGUUUACGCCUGUUAUGAUUAUUUAA